AGUACAGUCAGGGGGCUCCGCUCUACGGGCCGUACCCCGGGGCGGCAGCCGCGGGCUCGUGCGGAGGGUGGGGCAGCUUGGAGGUUUCUGGUUCCAGCUUACGUGCUCACGUCUACCUAUGCAACCGGCCUUUGUGGCUCAAAUUCCACCGCCACCAAACCGAGAUGAUCAUCACGAAGCAGGGCAGGCGCAUGUUUCCCUUCCUGAGCUUCAACAUAAACGGACUCAACCCUGCCGCCCACUACAACGUGUUCGUCGAGGUGGUGCUGGCCGACCCCAACCACUGGCGCUUCCAGGGGGGCAAGUGGGUGACCUGCGGCAAGGCCGACAACAACAUGCAGGGCAACAAAAUGUAUGUCCACCCCGAGUCUCCCAAUACUGGUUCCCACUGGAUGAGACAGGAGAUUUCCUUUGGGAAACUAAAACUCACCAAUAACAAAGGUGCCAAUAACAACAACACUCAGAUGAUAGUCCUCCAGUCGUUACACAAGUACCAACCCCGACUGCACAUUGUUGAAGUCACAGAGGAUGGCGUGGAGGACUUGAAUGAGCCCUCGAAGACACAGACCUUUACCUUCUCAGAAACGCAGUUCAUUGCCGUGACUGCCUACCAAAACACCGACAUAACUCAAUUAAAGAUUGACCAUAACCCCUUUGCAAAAGGCUUCAGGGACAACUAUGAUUCCAUGUACACCGCUUCCGAAAAUGACAGGUUAACUCCAUCUCCCACGGAUUCUCCUAGAUCCCAUCAGAUUGUCCCUGGAGGUCGGUACGGCGUUCAGUCCUUCUUCCCGGAGCCCUUUGUCAACACUUUACCUCAAGCCCGAUAUUAUAAUGGCGAGAGAACCGUGCCACAAACCAACGGCCUCCUUUCACCCCAACAGAACGAAGAUCUGUCCAACCCUCCCCAGCGGUGGCUUGUCACGCCUGUGCAGCAACCUGGGACCAACAAACUAGACAUCGGUUCCUAUGAGUCUGAAUACACUUCCAGCACCUUGCUCCCGUAUGGUAUUAAGUCCUUGCCCCUCCAGACAUCCCAUGCCCUGGGGUAUUACCCUGACCCAGCCUUCCCUGCAAUGGCAGGGUGGGGAGGUCGAGGUUCUUACCAGAGGAAGAUGGCAGCGGGGCUCCCAUGGACCUCCAGAACAAGCCCCCCUGCGUUCUCUGAAGAUCAGCUCUCCAAGGAGAAAGUCAAAGAAGAAAUUAGCUCUUCUUGGAUAGAGACCCCCCCUUCCAUCAAGUCUCUGGAUUCCAACGACUCGGGCAUAUACACCAGCGCUUGUAAGCGAAGGCGGCUGUCUCCCAGCACCUCCAGCAAUGAAAAUUCUCCCUCCAUAAAGUGCGAGGACAUGAACGCUGAAGAGUACAGUAAAGACGCCUCGAAAGGCAUGGGGGGGUAUUACGCUUUUUACACAACUCCCUAAAGAGUUAUUCUAACCUCCUCCAAAUGAGCUACCUUGUUGCAGAUGAACCUGGUGGUGCGCGUUGUUGCUGUUGUUGUUCUUUGCCUAGGUUGCCAAAAAGAUGUUUGCCUUCCACCUUGGUGCGUCCCGUCCUGUGCAACUCUCUAAGAGAAGGUGCCAAAGCUUUUCGAUUGCUGCAGGUGACUGAAACAAGCCUAGCAUUGCAUUGUCCCUUUCUAAAAAAUAAAAAGAUAAAUAAAGUUAAUGGAGGACUUGGAAGUGUUUUAAAAUUUGAAGGUUAUCCAAGGUCCUGGAUUUAUUUAUUGGAAACACUAAACAUCCAGAGAGUGGGGCUGUGAAGACGGAGUGCUGAGCGCUAUCAGAUGAGUGGAACGCGUGGGUCCUUAUUUCUGUUUUUUAAAUCUCUAAGCCUACAGAAGCCCAGAAUCGGUAAGGUAUUUUGCGUCUAGAAGAGAAGGGCUGGUCCUUAAGCUUCAGUGGGGGACUCUCUUUGCCGUUACCUUCUGCUAGGGACGAAAGAUGUUAGGCCUGGGAGGCCAGACGGACUUUGGUGAAGUCUGACUUGGUUUCCCCUGACUUGGAGGCCUCCCAGGCCUCCAGGACAGGCCGCGUCCGCUCUGGCUCAGGACUGCCUCCCUCGCUGGCCAGGCCUCUGCUGUGUGCCGGGGUGGCCCGUAGGACUCGGGGGAGGACAAGUGAGGGCGUCACCCCCCCCAAAUAAAGCAUAAAAGAAAGAAAAAUUUAAAGUGUACAGAUGUGUGUGCUUAGAUACACUGUAGAACAACGUGGCAUAUAUUGUACAAAUAGUCUACAUAGGUGUCUGAGGUGAUGUAAAAUUGGUGCUUCGGGCUUUGUAAGGAAUUCUGCAGAUCCCCUGAGGACAGCCGCAGGGGCGGGGGUCGUGUCUCUGUCGUCCCAGCCGUGUCUGGGAAUAUUCUGUUCGCUUUCUAGAUGGUUAAGAAUGUGUCCGGCUACUCUGUACUCAACUUGAACCCUGUCGAAGGAAAACUAUUUCAUCGUCUCCCUGCGCCACCCCCGCCACCCCCACCUGGUAAAUGUGAAGAAAGUCACACCUGACGCCACAGCUCCUAUCGGCUUUUUAGAGACCUUGGAUUUUUUAUGUACAGUGUUAGUCAUUUUUUUAAUAAAUGUGGUUC